AUACACCCUUAAGGAAUGAUUGGCGUAGUCCGUGUUGUAGUGAAAAUUAUAUCCUCGACAACUGGCUGACUCGGGUCUGUGACUGUGCAUAUCUGUAACCUGUUAUAUCGGAAUAUUUUUCAUACACGCUUAUAAUUCACACGACAAAGUAUGCAGAUCCUACGACCUUCUCCCUCACACUACAAGCUUAUAAUUCAUACGACGAAAUAUUCGAAUUCUAUGACUUCCCUAGUGGACUAGGCACAUCAAAUCAAUUAUCGCUGACCUUAAUUGUAUGGAAAAUAAAAAAAAUAGGUGCAGGCAUACAGCAUUUAUUCAACGUAACUCUUUUGUUCCCACCUGUGAAAACAGAAAAAAAGCUGGAGUUGUGCUAUUAUGUUUCUUCAUAGGAGCUAAAUAAUGUUAUUUACUCAAACGCAGCAGAAACAUUCGUACGAAAAUGAAAUGUUAUUGUAGUACUGGUUUAUUGAAAAGUAAAACCGAUGUCGUAGGCCAAAAGUUAGCGCAUUCUUUGAAUCUAAAAAAAAAAAAAAAUAGGCCUGAGAGCUUCAUAAUCGUACAGCAUGCACUCUUAUUCUAAAUAGUAAACAACGAUAGGUUUAAAAAGUAACCUGUGUGCCCACUCCCUAUCGAAGCGUAAACUCGUCUCGUGUACUCUAACGUACUUACGGCCACAAACAACAACUUGCAUAUGAACAGAAUAAAAACAUAUUGCAGCAGGAAAUACACUUUUUCGUACCCUUGUGUAAUAUGGCUAAACUCUUUUAGGAUAUAGUACAAACUGAAAAGACACAUUGCAAAAUUUUCUCAUACAUUUCAUCCAUUUCCGAAAUUUCUCAACUGCCGACUUGUUCUGCUUCAUAGCACACACGGAAGUCUUAAGUUUAUUCUGUGAUUUUAUUUCAGUGGUGUUCGUAGUAUAGUAUUGUGCAGUGCAGGAGAUGGCACAUUGCCAGAAAGGUUAUCAAGUGCGGACUUUGACAUGUCCGGAUGUGUCCUCAGACAUAAAAUUAAGAAUUUGGUUCUCACACUGUUUUUACAGGUGUAACAUCAAUUACCUGUAGUAUGGUUGAAGUGACAUCUCGAAAAAGUAUACCCGCGCAUUAAGGUGAUUGAAGACAGAUUACAGUGCUUGCUUAUCUGUAUUUUGUAUUUAAGUGAUCCAACAGUAAUCAGUAAAUUUCCCAAUAUUUCAGACUGAUUUAUCUUUUGAGUGACGUGAUCCCCUAUACGUGCUAUACAUACGUUGAGGUUAGGCACGACUUCCUUUCUGCCCCAUAUAGUUAUAUUUCUCAACCUUGGAGAUUGAAAUUAGUGACAUUGCGUUAAAAUUAUAAGCACAACCAUGGCUGGAUGCAAUCUGUUACUUUCUGUGAGGUACCUUAUCGCGCGCAACGUUAUCCCACUAAAUGAAUGUGCAAACAGACCGGUCGUACUAUUUAGAGAUACCGGAGCAAUUUCACCUCAUUUUCCUCGCACCAUGGCGACAGUCAACAGCUUGGGCGGCGAUGAUUCCAACAAGUGCGCGAAAUCUAAACGAUGUGUGACGCUAGAAACAUUAAAUCCAUGUAUAAAAGAAAUGCAAUAUGCUGUUAGAGGGCCACUUGUUAUUCGUGCAUCGGAAAUAGAAAAGGAACUGGAAAAGGGUGUCAAGAAACCAUUUACUGAAGUUAUUAAAGCUAACAUUGGUGACUGCCAUGCCAUGGGACAGGUGCCUAUUACAUUUAUUAGGCAGGUGCUUUCUCUGGUCUCUUAUCCAGUAUUAUUUGAUGAUCCUAAGUAUCCCAGUGACGUGAAAUGUCGAGCAAAAGAAAUUCUGGCUGGUUGCAGAGGUGGCAGUGUUGGGUCAUAUUCUGAUUCUCCGGGAAUUGAAAUUAUCAGGAGGCAUGUAGCUGAAUACAUAGAGAGGAGAGAUGGUAUUCCAAGCUGUUGGGAGGAUGUUAUUUUGUCAGCUGGUGCCUCUGAAGGCAUAAAGUCAGUGAUGAAGUUAUUGAUAGCAGAAGUAAAUGGGAAGAGACCUGGUGUCAUGAUUCCAAUUCCUCAGUAUCCAUUGUACUCUGCUACUCUUUCAGAAUUUAACAUGGCGCAGGUACCAUAUUACCUUGAUGAAGACAAGGGCUGGGGCUUAGAUGUAACUGAACUGAAACGGUCCAUAGCUGAGGCUAAAAAAGUGUGUAACCCUCGUGCCAUUGUGGUUAUCAAUCCUGGAAAUCCAACUGGCCAGGUUCUUUCAAGAGAAAAUAUUGAAGAAAUAAUAAAGUUUGCACACCAGGAGGGAUUAUUUGUUUUUGCUGAUGAGGUGUACCAGGACAACAUAUAUGCAAAGGGGAGCAAAUUUCAUUCAUUUAAGAAGGUUAUGAUGCAAAUGGGGCCACCUUAUUGUGAAAUGGAGCUGGCUUCUUUCAUGUCUGCAUCAAAAGGGUACAUGGGUGAGUGUGGUCUUCGAGGAGGUUACUGUGAAGUGAUUAACCUUGAUCCAGAAGUGAAAGCAAUGUAUUUAAAAAGCAUUAGUGCUGCAUUAUGUCCUACUGUCCUCGGACAGACUGUGAUAGACUGCAUAGUGAAACCGCCUCAGCCAGGAGACUCGUCAUACGACCAGUAUGCAGCAGAAAAGAAAUGUGUCUUGGAAUCACUUGCUGUGAGAGCCAAAAUGGUUGAGGAAACAUUCAAUAGUGUAAAAGGGAUGUCCUGCAACACAGUACAGGGUGCCAUGUAUGCAUUCCCACAGUUAAAACUUCCAGAAAAAGCAAUACAGGCAGCCAAACAAAAGAACCUACCACCAGAUGCGUUCUAUGCAUUUGAGUUAUUGGAAAAUACAGGAAUCUGUAUUGUGCCUGGAUCUGGAUUUGGGCAAAAACCAGGAACUUAUCAUUUCAGAACUACUAUUUUGCCACAGCCUGAUAAACUGAAGAGCAUGAUGGACAAAUUCAAGGCCUUCCACGAGAAGUUCCUGCAGAAAUAUGAAUAAUGUGUAAAUAUAAGGAAACUUGAAAACACUCUAUUAUCAGAGUUAUUUCAAGUGAUGAGUGUGUCGUGAUGCUCUCUUUCUUUGUGGUGGAAAAGUCUUAAACACAUUCGUUAAAACUAGCUCUAUAUAAAGGAGGAAACAAAUUGGUGUACUUCCUAUUGAACAGUGCAUUUGGUGUCCAUUUUGUCAUUGCUUCAGGCAAUAUUCUUCUUUCAUUUUGUGCACAUUCUCAUGUUGAAUAAAUUCCUUGGAUAACGUAUCAAACAGAAUUUUGAGAGUAGUUACAGAAAGUAUACACAGCAGUAAACAAGAAAGAUAGGAUCCAGAGUAUGAAACUUUACAAUAGGAUAAGAAUUGGAAGCACAUUUUUGAGUAUUGUUCACAGAAGCUCAAAAAGAUGCACUCAAAAUUGACAGCAUUAGCUUGAAUUCUAAGUUAUUUUUAACAAUAUACUUUUUGCAUUAAGUCAAAUGUUAUGUUUCAUAAUGUGGAACAAGUCAGUGAAGAACAGUAUAGAAUUGCUCUGUUGUUAAAUUCGUGUAAUAUGCAUAUAGAUAGCAGAAUAUAUGUGACUUGUUACAGAGUCCCUAAGUCAUUUCAUAUUAUUGUGAAGAUUAUAUACAAUUAAGUCAGAGAAUUUUCCCGGCAAAGGAAAAAUUUUUGAGUGACAUUGUUUUUAAUAUUUCACAUUCUUUAGAUGUGACUUUUUCCUAGCUGAUACUGUGUACAGUAUUAUUGGUGUGUCUUCUUUUCUCAUCCUUAAAGCUUCAUGUUUUUGUAUGAGACUGUUAGUCAUAUGCCCAUUCUAUUAAAUCGCUUGGAAGUGGGUUUUAUUGACUGCUUGUAAAUGUUGUAGAUAUUCUACUGUCUGUGAAUAAAUAACUAAUACUCAAAGA